AUGAUGGCAAGAUAUUUGACACGAACAACAGGCGUCCUAUUACGUCGACAAUACGCCCCACGCUAUCUAGCAACAUCAGACGAGUCAACCAUAUCUUCAUCAUCAUCAUUUACCGUGCCAAAAUUUCGCAAGAAGAAAACAUUCCAGUUCUCGGGCAAAGAUGAGGAGCAAACGAUGCCACUUGAAAAGUUUGAAUACCCGUCGUAUUGGGACGUUGAUUACCCGUCAGAUUUUGACAAUGAGAUGAAACACGAGGUAGAGAAAUUACAGAUCUUUGCAGACUUUACACCGUUCCUAGACUUAUCGUGGCAGAAGCAGAUCCACCCACUUUUUGAUGGUGCCCCGAUCAAAAUGACACUCAAUUGCCCGCUCGAGGACUUUGACGAGCGGCUCUUCAUCGACGACAAGAAUACGUAUGACACAAAGGUAAUCAUGGAGGUGCCUAUGACGUGCUUCAAAGGUUUGAACAAAGAGGCCAAAGACCUGGUCGUGCAGCUUGCAGGUCCGCGUUACAAUGCCAAUAAGAAAAUGAUCAAGAUUGCUGAGGACCGCUACAAUACACGCGUAUUCAACCACAAGCGGAUCUGCGAUAUUCUGCGUGAUCUUACUCAGACGGCACUCGAGCUCAGCGGACAGGCUACGGAGACUGACAAGCUUAAGAAAGAUGACAAGCAGUAA